AUGACCAAACCAAACGCUGCUCUGAGAUCCUCCCUAAGCUGCUGUUUUUCAGAGAACGACGAUGAAGGGAUAACGACAAUUGGCGGAGGCGCCAGUUCGUGGAGGAUUUUCACGUACAAGGAGUUGCAUGCGGCAACCAAUGGAUUCAGCGGGGACAACAAGCUUGGAGAAGGGGGAUUUGGGAGUGUUUACUGGGGAAAAACGUCUGAUGGGCUUCAGAUAGCUGUGAAAAAGUUGAAGGCGAUGAAUUCGAAGGCGGAGAUGGAAUUUGCGGUGGAGGUUGAAGUUCUGGGGAGGGUUCGGCACAAGAAUUUGUUGGGUCUGAGGGGGUACUGCGCCGGCACCGAUCAACGGCUCAUAGUCUACGACUUCAUGCCGAAUCUCAGCUUGCUCUCUCAUUUGCAUGGCCAAUUCGCCGGCGAAAUGCAGAUUGAUUGGAAGAGGAGAAUGAAGAUUGCAAUUGGCUCUGCUGAAGGCCUACUGUACUUGCACCAUACGGUAACACCCCACAUCAUUCAUAGAGACAUAAAGACCAGUAAUGUGCUUUUGGACAAAGAUUUUGAACCAUUGGUGGCUGACUUUGGGUUUGCAAAGCUUAUUCUGGAAGGUGUAAGCCACCUGACUACCCGUGUGAAGGGCACUUUGGGAUACCUAGCAACCGAAUACGUCAUGUGGGGAAAGGUUUCCGAGAGCUGCGAUGUCUACAGUUUUGGAAUUCUUCUGUUGGAGAUCGUCACGGGAAGAAAACCGAUAGAAAAGCUGCCCGGAGGGGUUAAGAGGACGAUAACCGAAUGGGCGGAGCCGCUCAUAAGCAACGGGAGGUUUAAGCAUCUUGCUGAUCCAAAACUCCGUGGAAAUUUUGAUGAAAGCCAGCUGAAACAAGCUAUCAGUGUUACUGUCUUAUGUGUGCAAAGUGAGCCUGAAAAGCGACCCAACAUGAAGGAAGUGGUUAGCCUUCUUAAUGGGCAUGAACAAAAAGUCAAGGUUAUGCCUAUGAGAAUCAAAAGCAUCAAAUAUGAGGAAGAAUUGCUGGCAUUUGAUCAACCUAGUGAUGCUGAUGAUCAUGAUGGUGGUGGUGGUCAUGAUGAAAAUAAUGGUUAUGGGGUUUUUAGUGCCUUGGAGGGGCAGAAAAUGCAAGACCCUUACAAGCACCGCAGAGAUGGGAGAAUUGAUAAAAACGUCUACUAA